UUGCUAUAUGAUAAAGUAUAUACUAUACUUUAACUUAUAAUCAAUAGAUUAUGUAAACGGUCUAUUUAACCUGGAAAUAUUAUACUAUAUUAUGUCCUAGAUUUAACCCAAGUUACUUUUCACUUUGUAACCAAUUCCACGCCGCCUAGACAUUAAAUAUGGACCGACCUUUAUUUGUUAUACGUGGAAUGUUUGCACAUUCGACAAUUGAAAAUCCAUUAAUUGUUUUUGCAGAUCACAUCAUUGGAGUUUCUAACGGAAAGAUUUUAUUCUUUGAUCAAGCAGACCAGAUAGAUAAACACUUGGAACCAUUUGGGGGUAGAAGUAAAGUUAACAUUACAGAACUCAAAAGAGGACAGUUCGUCAUACCAGGGUUUAUCGAUACACAUAUCCAUGCUCCUCAGUAUCCGAACAGUGGUAAAGGAUUAGAUCUUGGACUUCUGGAAUGGUUAGAGAAGUACACAUUUCCAACUGAGGCAAAGUUUAAAGACCUUAAAUUCGCUGAACAUGUAUACGAAAAAGCAGUGAGACGUGUUUUACGAAAUGGAACAACGACGGCAUGUUACUAUGGUACAAUACAUACUGACGCCUGUGUGAAGUUAUGUGAUAUUAUAGACAAAUAUGGUCAGCGUGCUUUUGUUGGAAAAGUCAACAUGAAUCAAAAUAGUCCUGAGUAUUAUAUAGAAACAGCCGAGGAAUCAGCAUCCGAGACGGAGAGAUUUGUUAAUUCAGUGUUGGAGCGUAAGAAUCAAAGAAUACAACCCAUUAUUACCCCACGGUUUGCUGUAUCUUGUGAUCACAAAUUGAUGAAUUCUCUUGCAAAGUUGGCACAUGACAAAGGACUUCAUGUUCAGACUCACAUCAGUGAAACAAAAGCUGAGGUAGCAUGGAUUGGUGAUCUGUUUCCUGACCAUGAUCAUUAUGUAGACGUAUAUGACCAGGUUGGACUUCUGAGUAAAAAGACAGUUUUAGCACAUGGUAUCUAUUUAACAACAGAAGAGAGGAAAAUAGUGAAGGAUCGUGAAUGUGGUAUCUCACAUUGUCCUAAUUCUAACACAUCAAUUCGAAGUGGUACGUGUGAUGUUAGACAACUGUUAGAUGAAGGUAUUAAGGUCGGUCUAGGAACUGAUUGUUCUGGUGGAUACAGCACGUCGAUGCACGAUGCCAUGAGAUGUUGUUUACAUGUGUCAAACUUUCACGCCAUUCACACAGAAAAGAUCCAUAUAUCUCACAGAGAAGCUUUCAUGAUGGCAACAUUAGGCGGGGCACAAGUUUUGGAUCUUGCCGAUACAAUUGGCAACUUUGAAGUAGGAAAGGCAUUUGAUGCUCUUGUCGUUGACGUUACAAAAGAAGGUUCUCAGAUUGAUAUAUUUGAGAAUGAUACAAAAGACGACAUUUUCCAGAAAUUCAUCUAUUUAGGUAAUGAACAUAAUUUUACAAGGAUAUAUGUUGAUGGUGUGGAUGUUCUACCAAAGUUAUGAAAUGUUAAUGUUUAUGUAGGAAAUCAAACAGCAUUACUGACUGAAACUCAGAGUGAAGACAGACUACAUGGAGAUGUAUACACAAAAGUGGUUUAAAUUCUUACGCCUCACCAAUAGUUUCUGCAGGUUUUACGAAUACUACCUCGUGAAAAUAUAUAUUUAUGUCUAUGUUACCAUUCUAGAUAUGCCAACAAAAUAUCUUCAAAAUUAACGAAUAAAGUUUGUUAUUGUGUUUA